AUGGCCCUCUACUUCGCCGAGGGUGGCGACAGCGACAAGGUGUUGGGUCUUACCUGUCACCACGUCCUCUUCAAGACGGACGGGGCAACCAACGACGACUACGUCUUCGCGGGCGCUGGUGCGCCUCGCAAGUUCGUCCAACUGCUCGGCACUCCCGCCUUCGACAAGCUUCUCGGCGCCGUCAAGACGCGUAUCGCUGGUCACGCUAUCAUGGUCGAGUUUUACGAGAGGCAGAUCAAGAGGUUGGAGGCGAGGGUGGGUGGUGACGACGAGGACAACGUUGCGAAGGCGAAGGAGCUGAGGAAGACUCGGGACCUGUUGGACGAGGCGAACGAGGCGAUCGAGGACCUUGAGAAGUUCUACGAGAAGGUCAAGAAGGAGUGGGGCAAGCCCAACCAGCGCACCAUCGGCUACAUCCGCUCUUCCCCCGCCAUCGCCUUCAACGUCGGUCCCGAAGGCUUCACCGAGGACUGGGGCGCAUUUGAGCUCGACGGUCCCAAGUUCAAGGAAGCGUUCAAGGGCAAUUUCAUCGAUCUUGGUACGGAGAUCUCACCCGGCCACUUCACCUUGAAGAUGUAUCCCCGCGACGACGGCAAGGCGACCUUCGAGUACCCCUACGACCGUCUCCUUCCACUCCGCGACAUGAUCACCGAAGAGCGCAUGCGCGAGCCCGACAUGCUCGAUCACGACAACGAGGCCUGCUUGUUCGUCAUCAAGAAUGGCAAUGCUACCGACAUCACCAUCGGACGCGCAACGGGAAUCUUCUCGUUCGUUCGCGAUGACGACACCGCUCAGGAGUCGAUGGAGUGGGCCAUCUACAACUACGACAAUAAGUCCGACGUGUUCUCAGCCCCCGGUGACUCUGGGUCAAUCAUCGUCGAUGGACUUGGUCGUAUCGGUGGCCUUCUUACCGGCGGUACUGGCAAGACGGAGACCUCAGACGUUACCUACGCCACCCCCAUGUGGUGGCUCUGGCCCCGCAUCAAGCAGCACUUCCCCAACGCCCACCUGGACCUUCAACCCGCCCAGAGAUGA